UGUGAAUUCAUUUUCGUAGCCUCUUGUGUGUUCAUUAAUAGUGAUGAGGGCAAGUUGGAUCUGUAGCUUUUUCUAUGGCUUCUUUCUCAUCUUCUCAUCCAUGCUACUCAACUCAUAAUUUUCCUACAUCGAUCAAAUCUAUCAACCACAUGGACCAACAAAGAAUCUUCUCUCCCUUCAAUGGGAUUCGCAGAUGGCUCAAGGUCCAAAAGGAUUGGGGUCAUCCUUGAAGAACACAACUUUUCUUGUGGCUUCUUCUGUAAAGGAAGCUGCAAAUCUUACCUCUUUGCCAUUCUUCUCAAUCAAUAUGAUCUGGUGGUUGUUUGGUCAGCCAACCGAGACAAUCCAGUCAACGAAGGCGCAAUCCUGAAUUGCACUGCAGCAGGAGAAUUGGUGUUACAAACACAACCCGGAAAUCUUCGGUUCACAACGCCUUCUAGUAUAUGAAUUCAUGAGUAACGGAUCACUAGACCAAUGGAAGAUUAUUCUUGAUACUGCUAAAAAUCAUCCACUUCGAUAUAAAACCACAGAACAUACUCUUAGAUGAGGAUUUCAAUGCAAAAUUAUCUGAUUUUGGGUUGCUUAAGCUCGUGGAUAGAGAUCAAAGCCAAGUGAUAACUACAAUGAGCGGAACCCUGGCUAUCUGGCCCAGAAUGGUUGGGCUCAAUUAUCAACGAAAAAGGUGGAACCUUGAGGUCGAAUAUUACCUUGUUGUUUGAAUAUUUUGUAAUUAUCUGACAUUUAUCUCAAUAUGGUACUUGAAAUACGUGCUUUUAAGCUCGUUACACUCAUUUUGUAGCACUAAACUGAAGGAAACAUGGAA